CGUGAGCAGACCCACUACACUUCUUGCAUAUAAACAGUGAAAAUUACAAUAUAAAGGACUUAUUUUUCCUUCUUUCGGAGUUAUUCUGCUGCUGGUGAAAGCCUGGCUUGUUGUGCAAGGAAGGGGGGACAUCUCCGGCAGGUAAUCCCACUGUUUCAAGGUGCUCCCUAGCUGCUCGCAAAGACUGACCCAGUGAAUGCUGUUCCUGGCCUAACGUCCCGAGGCGCAGACGUGGCUGACUCGGCCCACAUGUGAACCUCAGCUAAGACAUCACGACAGGGGACUCCAUCUCCCUGAACGCCCUCUGUUGCCUCCAUCCUACUGGGUUUUGUGAGGCUGUUUAGGAAAACAAGCUUGCCCCCACUGAAGAAUGUGGAAACAGCAUGAAAGGAAAUAAUGACCCCAAAGGAGGACUCUGAGAUUGACAUCAGGGCAGACUCCCCCUCAGGAGCAUCAUGUGUCACCAAAGCAGCAACUUCCCCAGUCACUUAUUUAUCCAGCUAUUUACAUGCUAUGGCAAGAAGAUGUGUCUGAGCUUUCCCUAGUUUGACACUGAAACUUGCUGCUCUGGAAAGGAACCCAUAUGUUCUGGAUGUAGCAGGUGUUUUGGGGGCUCUCUCUUUGGGAGUGUGCUGCGAUUCCCCAAAUGGUACUUUGGUGGUCUUUUUCUUCAAGACGGCCAGCUUCUCCCAGGAUCAGAACAGUGCUCCUGACCUACCCUGGUGAGCAGCCCCCAGCUCUCUUGGUAGAUCAGAUGUCUAAUAGUUAGCCUAAUCACUGCUUCUCUACGUAGCCAUCAUGACUGCCGUGGAAUAACAUCGGGACAGUGGGGGAAGCUUUCAUAGAGCUCCUAAGUGGAACCACAGGCUGGGAAUGGCCGACAGGGCUUCCUAUCCUAAAAGGGGAGGGCCACUGCAUCCUGGCUGGCAGUUCUCUUUGCCUGAGAUGCCGUCAUUCGAUGCUGCUCCAAAGACCUAAGGGAGAUGUGUGCCGGAGAAGUGUCUGGUUCUGUUCCUUCCCACUGAGGCUCAAUGGCCCAGCCAACUAUGAAAGUGAGACCCGUGCUCCUGAAGCGUAACAGCCUAGAGUCGGUGGAGCUCGUGAAGCCACCUCACCACCGCAGGAGCAAAUCCCAGCAGGUGCGGUUCAAGGACGAUGGGACCACUAAGAACCCAACUGGCCUAGCUGAGGCCGACACCCAGGCUCCCGAAGACCUGGCUGGGAUGGGGAAGACACCAGCACCCAAGCAUCAUCACCCCGCUGCCUACUCGCUGUCCUUCCCCAGGUCCCAGAAGGCCGGGGGGUUUCGGAACAUUGCCAUCCAAACCUCCCCCAGUCUCAGGAAGCAUUUCCCAGUUUUCAAAAGGAAGAAACUGACAGCCAGCAAGUCCCUGGUGGAAAUGCCCACAGCACCCCCAAGUGCCAUCCAGGUCAACGGCAACCUCUCGGAACAGGACAUUGUGUCCUCUGACCUUGCCUACCUAAGGCUGGCUCAGCACCUGGAGGAUGGACCUCGAAGGGUCAAAGUGUCCCACCCAUUUCUGCCGAGGGUGUCCAAGGUGCAAAGCAACGGGCCUCUUAGCAUAUGCUUAGAAGCUGGGUCUUGGAGGGCCUCAGAGAAAGCUGCAGCUGCCAUUCAGGUCCCAGAUGAUUUUUAUCACGGUCCUUCCUGGGAAGCGAGAGCAUCCACGCUCAGCCCAGGUGAGUCAACUGAGAGGAGCAACUCGAUACCCCCUUUGAUUGACGUGUGUCCAGGGGAGGGGAGAAGGGUGCUGAUAUCAGAUUCAGAAAGAUCUCCCUCUGGCUUGGCUGUCACCCCAGGCACAGAGAAACUCAAGCACGAAUUGCUUUUGCCCAAAGACAACUGUGAGGACCGAGACCUUGGCCUGCUGUCAUCUCAGUCAAAGGACACAUUCGUCCCUUCAUCUCCACAAACUCACAGCUCCCCUGCACCAGGGUCCCACAGCCAACCCACCCAUCCAGAAAGAGACUCAGACUGUCCUGCAUCGGAUGCAUCGGAUGACAGUCACCAGGACCUGGGGGCAUGCAAAACUAACAGUGCAUCAAAGUCUGCCCCUGGGUGUAAGGAGCAGCUGGCAAAGAACCCCACCCAACCAGACACCCUGGAAUUUCAGAACUGCCCAGGAAACAAUCCCCUCCCCUCUUCUCUUCCAAGGAGUGAGAGCAAAUCUCAGAGCAACAGGGAGAUUAGUGACAUCAAUCAAAUACACCUGGCACGGGGUGAACUCUGCGACCUCCAAGGUCGGCUGCAAUCUGUGGAGGAAUCGCUACACUCCAACCAAGAGAAAAUUAAGGUCCUUUUGAAUGUAAUUCAAGACUUGGAGAAAGCUCGAGCUCUUACUGAAGGGCGCAACUUUUAUCGAACCGGCCAAGACCUCAACAACUGCAGUACCUGCCAGAACACAGCGUGCAUCAUAUACAGUGUAGAGUAUGAUUUUCGGCAGCAGGAAGGAAGGUUCCAUGAAGUUCUGCAGAGUCUAGAGGAAGUGGAACCAGUUGAGGAAGCAUCUUCCCCACCAAAGUCCCCAGCAGAACCCCCGGCCCCUGAGAAACAGGAUCUGAGGCGGAAAACGAAGAAAGUGAAGAGGAAGUGCUUCUGGUGGAUCUGAGCUCCCAGGGCCUGUUUGUCAAUCCUUUCUGUCUGAGCCUCCCGGGCUUCUUUACCAAGGCCCAGGGCUGGGAGCCCUUGACCUGUGAAGCCAGGGAGCUUGGGGCCUAUGUGGCCGCUGCCGGACACUCGAUCACCCACCUGAUCUGAGUGUGUGCCGCUGCUUGCUGAGGACUUCACAGACUCUGGUGUGACCACGAGCUGAGUUCCCUGUCACACAUGGCCAGGCCUCAUCCCCAUCUGCUACAUCCAGAUUCCCACCACGGGCAAAACCCCCACCGCACUUUCCCACACCACCAUGAUGCUGAGCACUUCAUCCCGUCCUGGUCUCAUGAACUCAGAAGGAAAAAAAAAAGAAAGAAAGAAAUGCUGUGCAGAGCAGGAAGAUAGAGGAGGGUUAUAAGCAGAUAUCCUGGGGAAAAAUCAGAUGAAAACCCUGGGAGUUUCCUAGCUAUCAGCGCACAUGGGCAUGACAGAAAAGCAAGGUCAUCCUGGCACCUUGGGGUCCUUUUCAUUUUUAAUUAGCCACUCCAUACCAAACCAAGGAGCACUGUCACACAGUGUGGGCCUUCAGUCCAUGCAGUGUAAGGUAUAUCCAAGACUUUUUAGUGUGGCCGUCCUGGGUGACUGGAAUUCAAAGAGAGUUACUGACACUGUAGUUUUUAACUUAUCAAGCAUCUCUGCCCGGCCUUAGGCUGCCUGGAAAGUGGGUAGGACCCAGUUGGCAUUUGACCUUUGAGAUAGCAGUUAAUUCUCCUGCAACAUCAGAGGGCAGGAGACUCUGCUGCCUCUCAGUUACAUCUUAUCUGUGACAGAUAGGAGGUGAACCUGAGAUACAACACUCCUUCUCAUCCAUGCAUCCCUGUGCCAGCCUCGUAGCUAGGAAAACACACACCAUUCCUCUUGGUCUCCCUUCCCGGAAACCAGGCAACGGUCACUUGAUUGAAGAGGCAGCAGAUAUACAUUUCUCCAUUCUAGCAUUGAAGGCCUUCCCUUCCCAAAAUCUGAGUUCUUUGGGUCUGGCUCUUUCUUUUGACAGGACCCCUCUACCUGGGGAGUCCAGGAAAACUUGUAUGGCUGUGCCAAGCCCUAACGUAGAAGGAAGUAAUUGCUUCAUACUCUUGAGGCUGAUGGGUAGGGUGGCAAGGCUCAGAUUCCUGCACAUUAAAUUCCUUGCUGGCCUGUGGUUGGAUUGAAGCCACAGGAAUGAGUCCUAAAGCUAACUCAGCUUUAAAGGAGGAAGGCACUUCAGGGACCCUUGGCCCAGGACCCAGGGUCUCAGUGAAAGCCUUGGUAGUGCACGGCACCCCGUGUGUAUAUGGGACGUGUGUACCCUACUGCCAACUGAAGCUAAUUGAGCAAACCACCCUGCAGCUUCACCUUCCCCUCUGAAAGGCCUGCAGUGCACAAAGCUAUUUCAGGGAGAGUGAGAGGGAAAUUUGGCAAGGAAUCUCAGCUUGCACUAUUUAAGUCUUUGAAUGUCAUUCAAGAUGCUCUUGUUCUGCUUCUAGUAUAAUGUUUAAACCCACAAAAUGAGAACGGAAUACAUAACGUCAAGUUAGAAUUAAGAUAAAUGCACUUGUCAUACUUAAGAAACCACAUUUCAAUAAGACAUGCUACCACUGGCUACAAGCCACUGAUCUCUCUGUCUGUAUCCAUACAGUCUGCUCUCAGUGGGCCCCAGCAAUGGAAAAGAACAGCGCAGAGGAUAAUCCAAUAGGGCGAAAUCAUUUGAGAUCUCUUAUGUAAUUUUCUCUUGUAGUAGAGUUUCCAUCUUAAUUUGGUUUGCUUACGCUAAUUUCAAAUGAAUUUAUAUUCUUGGGCAUCAUGCUGGAAUGGAAAUAAGCCUGUUCCCAGAAUUAAGACACCCAGGCAACAGAGCAGUCUAUUCCACUAACCUUGGGCAAGUUGCUUAACUUUUCAGGGCCUGUUUGUCCAUCCUUGAAUGGUGAGAGCGCCUGCUUUACCUACUCUGCAAGAUCCGGGCAACUUCCAACUUCAAAUGGACAGAGCCACUCAGCUAUCGAGAGCAUUUGCCCCAGUAAGCCUGGGAGAAUACAGCUCACACAAAAUUAAGAAGCUCCUGGCAUCACACACAUAUCCAGCUGGGGACCUUGCAUCAACCCUCAACUGAAUUAAAUGAAAUCAGAACUGAAAAAUGUUGAUGUUUCCAGAAAUAAAACCAACUGAGGCUCUACUGAUUCUAUACCAAAGCACAACACCGCAUUGCUUGGGCCACCCACCUGAAAACGAGACGGAGGUCCCUUCUGAAAAUCAAACAUUCAAAAUCAUUAUGAGGAAAAAGGAUUUGAUAAACACCUUCCUGACGGACAAAAAGGGUUGUAUCUGUGCUUAAACAACUACACAUACAUACACCAAAACUCUACGUUCACCUCCCCAUUGCAGACCGCUGCUCCUUUGUAAAGUAUUGGUGACAUCGACCAUGAUAUUCUACAGAAAUGCUUCACUGGAGGCGAUAUGGUUUUGUGGAGAAAGAUUAACUUAGCAAAAAUUGCUUUUAUAAAACUAAAGGGGGAAAGAUUGAUACAUCAACUUAAAUUGCAGGAAUUUAUGUAGCCGCUUUCUCUGUAGUUAAACAGUGCGUACCGCUGCCCCGGAUCUCCGUACCUGCUCCCGUAUAGAGCACCUUCUUAAAGACA